AUGACCUCUUCGUUUCAACGUUGGGUGCUCCGCGAGAAGCCAUAUGGCGAGGCAGUCUUGGAUGGAGACAAAGCUACCUUUGCUUUGGAGAAUACUACCCUCCCAGCACUUCAAGAUGGUCAAGUAUUGCUGAAGACCCUGUACUUGAGCAAUGAUCCUGCUCAGCGAGGAUGGAUUUCGCCACUGGUCGACCCCAAGCGCCUGUAUUUACCACCAGUCCAGAUAGGAGAAACCGUGAAGUCGAUAGGGAUCUCGCAAGUCGUGGAGUCACGCAGCGAAAAAUUACCUAUUGGUAGCUUGGUUACGGGCUUUCCAGGGUGGACAGAGUAUUCUAUUGAUGAUGCCAACAACGUUUUUCCUAUUGAGUCCAUUCCCGGCCUACACGAGACACAUUUCCUGGGUGCACUUGGGCUUCCCGGUCACACGGCGUACUAUGGUCUUACGCAAAUUGCCAAGGCCACGAAGGAUGAUGCCAUUGUGAUUAGUGGUGCUGCUGGCGCUGUUGGCAACAUCGCCAUCCAAAUUGCCAAGAAAGUCAUUGGUUGUCGGAAAGUGAUUGGCAUUGCGGGAACGGAAGAGAAAUGCCGGUGGGUGGAGAGCUUAGGAGCAGACGUUUGCGUAAACUACAAAUCGGCGUCCUUCAAAGACGACCUUUCGAAGGAGACUGAAGGCUUUGUGGAAAUAUUUUUCGACAAUGUCGGCGGCGAGAUCCUUGAUUUCAUGCUGACCAGACUGGCCAAAUUUGGUCGAGUUGCAGCCUGUGGCUCCAUUUCGAACUAUAAUCGUGAAGGAGACAUCAUCGGCAUCAAAAAUUUCUACGACGUUAUUUCUAUGCGUAUUCAAAUCCUAGGAUUCGUCAACCUUGAUUGGAUUGAGCAUCUUCCCAAAGUGCGGUCAAUUUUGGUAGAUGAAUGGAAGAAAGGUAAUCUGAUCAUUAGUGACGAGAUUGAGAUGGUCAUUGAAGCCGAUUUUACCGAAAUUCCGCGCACCUGGAUGAAGCUCUUUUCAGGUGAAAACACGGGAAAGCUUGUCACAAAGCUAAAGAUCUAG